AUGUCGCCUGACGUCCCCAAGACCACCGGCCAGAGCUCAACAGGAAUCGCUACCGUGCAGGCCUGUCCCAUGAACGACCUCCCCAACGAACUUCUUGCUUUCAUCUUUCUGUGCUUCCUCCAGGCGUCUUCAUCAUACCCGGAGUCUCUUGAAGAAGGAACCAAGUCCCGCAAACGAUUCGUCGACAGCCUCGAUCACACCUUCUCUUCCAAGAUCCUAUUGACCCACGUCUGCGCUCGGUGGAGAACGAUCAUCACCCACUCACCCACCCUGUGGCAAACCCUCCACUUCGAUGCCUCCUUCUACUGGACAUUCCAGAGCGACUGCAACAAGAUCGCGCGUUCGCUCACUCGCCACCUCCAGCUCUCGUCCGACCUUCCACUCCACGUCAGGCUCACCGGUUGGCCAUGCUCGUUCUUCUCGAGCUUGGUGCCCUUUUGGCGCCUCUCGAACCCCAUCAACGUCGGGAUGCACUUCAAGAACUUGAUAGACUCAGCAAAACGGUGGGAGACGCUGACGAUGAUGGAUAGUCACAUCCAUGUUCUACGCGUCCUUCGACUCCUACCGACCUCCUUUCCAAAACUGAAGCAUUUGGUCAUCGAGCACGACGGCUCCAGCCCAGUCGAGGUGGAAGGUAGUGUCACCAUCGCGAUAGGCCUCGAAGUUCGACAGUUCUUGGAGACGUUCUCCAUGCCCGUGUUGGAGUCGAUUCGAUUUGACGGUCUUCCCAAGUUCAGUGAACUCGUACCUAUGCCGCCUCUCACCGUUGAAGGAGCAGUUGCGAAGUUGACUCGGCUCGAGAUCGCUCAUCCUGCGGAUGUACCGUAUGUCCUCUACUUCCUUCGCUCGGCGGUAAACCUCAAGUCUCUUAAACUGGAGCUAUCUUCUCUCGACGUACCCAUUUCCAGCGAUAACCUUGUUGCCCCCAUCCGACUUGACCACCUGGAACAUGUCGACGUAUCGCUUUCUUCGAAUUCACCUUCCAUUUACCAGUUCAUCAAAGCCAUCGUCGGUCGACUGUCCCUGUCUCGUUUGGAGAAGUUUUUUGUUCGAACACCACCCAUUGGCUCACCAGAAGAACGCGAACAGAUGACCCGCCUAGAGCGCCAUUUCCUGCAAAUUGGGGUGCCUGUCACGAUGUCGGUCUAA